AUGACAGACGCUGCUGCCAGCGAUGGCUCCACCCCGGGAGCGGAUUUCGACGUGAUGAGCGCUCUUGAUUGGAAGGAUGACAUUGCAACAUUGCCUGGCAGUAACAUCAGGUUCCGAUUGAUAGAAUUUGGAAUACUGGAGAUGGUAACAAAUCCAGAGCCUAAAGAUAAAGAAGACGAGCCUGCCUGCACACAGAUUACACCUUCCAAUAGCACCUCUUCAUCAGAACCAUCCAACCCUUUAAACCAGUCAGAGACAGCCACAGAAGUGCAGAUGCAGACAGCUUGCUCCAGCAUGUUUAAGAAGAAAGAGGAAAGCCAAGAGGAAAGCUCCAGUGUCGAGAUGGCCAGCUGUAGGUCAUGUGGCCAAUCUGGUCCUCGGGAUUCUUUUCUUCAGGGAAAAUUCUGCAGUGUUGGCUGUGUGCAGCCCAGCAGUGGCAGGUCAACUCCAGCUGAUACAGGAGAAGGAGAGCGUUUAGGUAAGCGCAUUCGGAAGAAAAAGAAGAUGUUCAUGGAAUCUGAGGAUGAAGAGGAGGACAACAUGGAGGAAGAGGAGGAGAAGCUUAAAGUAACAAAAGGCAGAAAAGCAGCUAAAAUUGCCAGAUUAGUAACAGCAGCUCCUGUAAAGAAAAAAGCUUGGAGCUGGCCAGCUUAUUUAGAGGAGGAGAAAGCUGUAGCUGCCCCAUUAAAACUGUUUAAAGAGCACCAGGCCUUUCCUCAGAGCAGGAAUGCCUUUAAAGUUGGAAUGAAGUUGGAGGGUCUGGACCCCUGUCAUCCUGCUUUCUUCUGUGUUCUUACUGUGGCUGAGAUUCAAGGUUAUAGAAUAAGACUCCAUUUUGAUGGUUAUCCUGAGUGCUAUGAUUUCUGGGUAAAUGCAGACUCAUGGGAUAUAAAGCCACCGGGCUGGUGUGAGAAGAUGGGCCUCAAGCUGUUACUACCCAAAGGUUGUAGGGAUGGAGAAUUUAAUUGGAACAUGUAUGUUAAGAACUGUAGAGGUCAACUGGCUCCCAAACAUUUCUUUAAAAGUCUAAAUACAUCAGUCACCCCAUCAGGAUUUCGUACUGGAAUGAAGCUGGAGGCAGUGGACAGGAAAAACCCAUCACUCAUCUGUGUAGCAACCAUUGCUGCUGUUGUGGACAACCGACUUCUUAUCCACUUUGAUAACUGGGAUGACACAUAUGAUUACUGGUGUGAUCCCAGCAGUCCAUAUAUUCACCCUGUUGGGUACUGUGAGGAAGCAGAGUUAACACUGACCACGCCUGCUGAGUACAAGCACCCAAAAAAAUUUUCUUGGGAGAAAUACCUGGAAGAGACGGGAACCCAGGCAGCGCCUGCAAGAGCUUUCAAACAGAGACCACCACAUGGCUUCCAUAUGGGAAUGAAGCUGGAGGCAGUGGACAAACGUAAUCCUAUGCUUAUUCGUGUAACCACCAUAUCUGGCACUGAGGACCACAGAGUCAAGAUCCAUUUUGAUGGAUGGAGUGACGAGUACAAUUACUGGUUGGAUGCUGAUAGCCAAGACCUGCAUCCCAUUGGAUGGUGCCAAAAGACUGGUCAUCCUCUACAAAAUCCUAGUGCUUCCAUGGAUCCCCAGGCCCCCCCAGGGCAAGGCUGCCCUACUCCGGGAUGUAAUGGGGUUGGACACAUUAAAGGACCUCGCUAUGGAACACACUAUACGGCUGUGAGCUGUCCAUACUCUGACCUGAAUCUGAAUAAGGAGGGGCUGCUGCAGGACAGGCUGAGUGGAGAGAGACCGUUGACUCUAACCGGACCUCCACGGCAGCGACGCACAGAAUCUCUCACCCAGACUCCCUCCAGCACACCCACGGGUAGCAACCCUGAGCCCUUGGACAACACAGACAACUCUUCACUAGCCAGAACUGCCCCUGCUAAAUGCAUGAAGCAGAUGAAGCCAGAAGGAAAUGGAAAAGACUCACUUCAGCAGUUUUUGCACGACUCUGUGUUCUGUGGCUGGGAGCCACCCAAGUUUCAGCAGUGCUGGGAGAAGCAUGGCAAACUGCUACCCGAAGCACUGGGUCUUAGUGCAAAGACAGUGGCCAAGUGGAACACAGAUGAGGUUGCAAGUUUUGUGCACAAGUUACCAGGGUGUAGGGAACAUGCUGCUAUUUUCAGGAAUGAGCAAAUAGAUGGCGAGGCAUUUCUUCUUCUCACCCAGUCUGACAUUGUAAAGAUUCUAAGUAUCAAGCUGGGCCCUGCUCUUAAAAUAUACAACUCCAUUCUUAUGCUGAAGAGUGUGGAUGAGGAGUAACGCUUCUACCCAGAAACCUCACUCGCUGCAGAAAUGCUUUUUCUUUUAUUUCUUAUAACAACCACAUACUUACUUAUUUUCUGCUUUUUUCAUCAGCAUCUCAACUAUGUCUAAUUUUUUGCAACAGUUAUUGUGGAGAACCCACUUUCGGGGAAGCUGGUAUUUAAACUCUUAUAGACUGGUUUUAGUGAUUGUUCUGUGCUAAAAUUGGAAAUCAGAGUACGUGCGUUUGUACAAAGGCUUUGGAGGACUAUGCUGCUACAAAAACAAUAUUUGUAUACUUAUCUAUGUCCAGUUUCCUUCCAACUGAACAAUCAUUCUUACCUUGAUUUUUGUUAACUUAUUAAUAAUUUGAUUCUUACUACCUUUUCAGAGUAAAGAUGUUUGGCUGUAAAGCAUCGAACUGUCGAUUGUUAAUAUUAUUUAUAAUAUUAUGGUUGUUAAAUAUCUGAAUAAGUGGUUCAGAUGGAGUGAACAAAGUACACAUUGGGGACCUUUUACUUGAAAUGUACAAAGUAAUUUUUUUUAAAGAAGAUGCAAAAAUUAGAUUUGUGACAAGAACACACACUGCAUCCAGAAUGAGCAGAUAUACAACCACUGUCAUGGUUACGUAUGUGCUCAUGAGUGUGCGUGCAUGUGUCUGUAAGCAUAAGGGCUUAAACGAGAUGGUGUGUGUGUGUGUUUUUGUGUGUGUGUGUGUGAGGUGUGUUUCCUCUUUGCAUCAGGGAAUCUCUUAGAUCGGGCAGGUCUUAAGAUGAAUGUCUCAUUUGCUAUGUAAAAAGUGUGCUUUGUGAAAUCCAUUUAAAAAUUGUAAAUUCAUGUACAGUAAACUUGAUGUGUUAAGAACGACUUCCAGAUGUGCUUGUUUUCUGAUCUCAUGCGUGUGUGAGCACAUGUACAGAACAGGACUUACAGUUAGUCAUAAAAAUAAACAGAAUGUAAGAUCUGAUGCUCAUGAGUGGUACGUUGUGGCCUAAGGUUUUAUUCUCAUUUAUUCAUUAAUAAUGGUUAAGUAACUAUUUAAUUUUAUAAAUGCAAGUCACUUUUAAUGUGGUAAAUGGCUUCAUAUAUUGUUUAUACUUAUACUUUUUCUCUUUGUAGAACACGUUCAUGAAAAACAUGGGACAGCUAAAGUAACCAAGGUUCUAUUCUUUUUCUGAUUAGUGUUUUCAUUGUGUCCU